ACGCACACACAUAUAGUAUAUAGUAUAAUAUAUAUAGUAGCUGGGAAAUUAAAUAUAUUCUUCAAUUAUUAUUUUGAGUAUUAAGUACUCAAAUAAUACAACAAAUGUAUAGCUGUUUCUGUAUACUUCCAUCUCCUUUAUUUUUAUUAAAGUAUAAUUCUUAUGAACAUAUAAAGAUAUAUACUUUAUACUCUCAUAAAGCCCUUAAAUUUUCACUGGUGUAAAAUCACAAAUUUUAAACAAGAGUUGUUCAGUUUAAUGAAAAUGAACAAACGAAUUAAUUACUUAUUAAACGGAACAGCGAACAAAGGCAUUGUGUUAAGUAUAUUUUAUAAUGUAAUCAUUUAUAUGCAAAUCAGUUUAAAACAAUAGAAGAGAAAGGGAUAUUUUUAAACACAAAACUUAUUACGCUAAGCGAACACAAGUACAAGUUCUCACAAAAUUCGACGCAGACACAGCCAUACUCACAAUAUAUGCACUGUCACCGCAAACGCAGAUAACUUUAGAUGAGGUUACAGAAAACUUGACAAAGUUAAAUAGUGAUUUCCUUGGUUUGCGGAAAUAUUCCAUGACUGCUGCUUUGCGUCAUGUUCCUUUAUGAUGGGUUGGUGUGAUUGUUUUUUUGCUUCCCAGUCCAUAUAAAGUGUCUGUCGAGAAUAAAAAAAAAAAGCAUAACAUUACUUUCAAAUUGCCUUUUCAAUAGAAUAAAAUAUAAAUAAAUAUAUGUCCUUGCCACAGUCUUGCAAUUCAUCAAUAACAAAAUCACCAGUAGCAGCUAUCACUCAAUAGAAAACGGACUUUGAACAAGCAAUGUUUCCUUUUUUUAUUUCUCAUGCAAGUGGAUACACAAUAGAUGCUUUCCGCUCGCAGAACUCCAAGCAAUGUACAAGGAAGCGCAGCAUCCUCGUCGUGUUAAACGGAAAUUGAAAUGAAAGUAAAACACUCUCACAACCCCCAGCCACCUUUAAAAAUAUCCACUUUUUGGGUCCCAAAUGGCUCAACGGUUGUAUAACGACAGGACUCCAGCCGUUAUAACUGUACUCUAGGUUAAUGACAAACACACACGCACGACUUUAAAAGCAAUGUGGUAAAACACAAAAUUGCCGAGAUAGUGGUGAUUUACUUUCUGGAGUUAGCAUAAGUUAAAAUCCAAAUUGGAACAACUCAUGUAUGAAAAGCGGGCAGAGUCGUGCCAUCUUUAGAAAAGAGAAAAGCGCUAACAGUUUAAUCACACAAAACAUGGAGUCGAAAAUCAAGCAGAGAAUAUACAUUACUUUAUAUGCAUGAAUGUGACUACAUCACAUUUACGAAUUGUGCAUCAUGGGCGUCACUAUCCAUCACCAGCUACUUUCUUUGUUAUAGUAAAUCUAUCCAAAACAAAUCCGAAUCCAAAGCCUGUUGGGAAUUAACGAGAAUAUGAGACACAUUUAUGUCGAGUUUGCUUAUUAAAUGUAACUUUAUAUGCUAAGUGUUUUUAUUUGCAAAACACUGUAAAAUAAAUCUGUAUAUUUAGCUGUUUGUCUAUUGUCUAUUAUUUUUUCAAAAUUUCAUCUUUGAAAAUGCAAAUACGGUAUGUCAUCUGAACAAUAACUGAACCUAAUAGAGAUCUAAUCAUUUUUUGGAAGUCCACUGUGGGUUUGUUUGCUGGCUCCUCCUUUAUUUCCUGUGAGUUUGUCAGUACAUACACUACGGUCAAAACAGAGGUAGGCAAUGUGUCAAAGUAUUAUAUUUAGCGUUAAUAAACGUUAUUCUUUAAAGCAAUGUCACUGAAAGAAAAGGAACAGAGAACAAAUGAAAAAUACGGGCCCCAGUCGAACACCCAUCACCCCCCCCACCCCAACCCAAAAAAAAAUUGCUAAUUUGUAGGCACGGUCGCCUGCGAUUGGUCAGUGGUUGGUCAGAUGGUAUUGUAUUCCUCUGUCCCGUACUGGCACAUAGCCACCCAGCAGCCCCCCUCCCCUAACACCCAAUCUCCGAUAAACUACUAAUAGCUAAACCGCUUGGACUAUAAAACACAACAAAUCAUAAACCAAGGAAAAGAACCGUGCCCUUCCAAUGAGUUCCUAUUUUGUAAACUCUACUUUCCCGGUGACUCUGCCCGGAGGACAGGAGUCAUUCUUGGGACAGAUACCCUUAUACUCCUCCGGAUACACAGACCCUUUACGACAUUAUCCCGGUGCUGCAUAUGGAACUACCGGUGUUCAGGAGAAGGCAUACCACUCUUCCUUUUACCAGCAGACGAACGGUGCCUACGGCAGGGCGACGACCUUCGGUUCCUGCGAUUACGCGGCAGCAAGCUUUUGCAGGGAAAAAGACAACGCCUGUGCACUCUCUAGCAUAGAAGAACACUCUCUUAUUCACAGUCAGGAGCACCGGAAAACAGAUUGCACAGAUUCGCCUGGGAAAGGCGUCUACAUCGAGAGCGACGAACAGAAGCCGGGAGUGCCAGUAUACCCGUGGAUGCAAAGAAUGAACUCAUGCAGUGGGACCUUCAGUAACCCUGGUCGGAGGGGCCGUCAGACAUACACCCGUUACCAGACGUUGGAGUUGGAGAAAGAGUUUCAUUUUAACAGGUAUCUUACCCGUAGACGACGUAUUGAGAUUGCACAUGCUCUGUGCCUGACGGAACGCCAGAUCAAGAUUUGGUUCCAAAACCGACGGAUGAAGUGGAAAAAGGAGAACAAAUUAAUCAACUCAUCACAAACCAGUGGCGAUGAGAAAGACGAGAAGAGGACAGAAUAAAAUUAUAGCAAUGCGCAGCAGACACGUCAAUAAAUCAUCAGAAGGAAAAACUACCCAUGUACAUAAGUUUGCUUCGGUGAAGUUGUAUUGGUAAAUUCGUUGUAGCAUUCCACUUAUACAUUUCAAGUGUUAUUUUGUCUGUCAUAUUAUGUCUCUAAUUAAUGUCUUUUCAUGUGCAAAUGAUUUAAGAUUCGUUUUUUUUUACAUUUAAAAAGAAUAUGUUUAACACAUUUUAAAUGUUAUAUUCGUACUCAUAUUUAAGCUGUAAAAAAGGUAUAUAAAAUUUCACUGUACGAAUUGACGCAUUUAAGUUAGGGUGAUUACAUUUGUGAGGUGUUUACUGGAUUUAUUAAAAAAAUAUAUAUAAAACUGAAGCUGUUUUUUCAAAACCAACAAGGCGGGUUCAGGUGAACUGUCUAUAGAUUUUGUAUGCGGAUUCCAACUGUUCUAAUAUUGAUCAAAACAUGCGAUUAAAUAAAGCGUGAAAACAUCA